UGACGUCGCAGCGGCAGUAAUGGCUGCUGUUCUCAUGCCGCCGAUCUGAAACAUUACCAUAAAUUUAACAUGAUUUUUCAGCGAUUUCCACCACUUAUUAUUGACCAAACCUACUGAGAUCAAAAGUGACAUAACGAGAUACGGUCAGACGGCAGAAUGACGUCCAUCAUCAAGCUGACGGCUCUUUCCGGAGUCCAGGAGGAAUCGGCUCUGUGUUACCUGUUACAGGUGGACGAGUUCCGCUUCCUGCUGGAUUGUGGCUGGGAUGAAAGUUUCUCCAUGGACAUCAUAGAUUCCCUGAAGCGGUAUGUGCAUCAGGUGGACGCAGUGCUGCUCUCUCACCCCGAUCAUCUGCAUCUGGGCGCUUUACCGUACGCUGUGGGCAAGCUGGGGCUCAACUGCACCAUCUACGCCACCAUCCCCGUCUACAAGAUGGGCCAGAUGUUCAUGUACGAUCUCUAUCAGUCUCGACACAACACUGAAGAUUUCACUCUGUUCACACUGGAUGACGUCGAUUCAGCCUUUGACAAGAUCCAGCAGCUGAAAUACUCUCAGAUCGUCAACCUGAAAGGAAAAGGUCACGGUCUGUCCAUCACCCCACUUCCUGCGGGUCACAUGAUCGGUGGCACUAUCUGGAAAAUAGUGAAGGACGGAGAGGAAGAGAUCAUCUAUGGUGUGGAUUUCAACCACAAGAGAGAGAUUCAUCUAAACGGCUGCUCCCUGGAGACCAUCAGCAGACCGUCUCUCCUCAUCACAGACUCCUUCAACGCCUCGUAUGUUCAGCCUCGCAGGAAACAGCGUGACGAGCAACUACUCACCAAUGUCAUGGAGACCCUCCGUGGCGACGGGAACGUGCUGAUCGCGGUGGAUACGGCGGGGCGAGUUCUGGAACUGGCUCAGCUCCUGGAUCAGAUCUGGAGGACCAAAGACGCAGGACUGGGCGUUUACUCGCUCGCCCUGCUAAACAACGUCAGCUACAACGUGGUGGAGUUCUCAAAGUCCCAGGUCGAGUGGAUGAGCGAUAAACUGAUGCGAUGCUUCGAGGACAAGCGCAACAACCCUUUCCAGUUCCGCCACCUCUCGCUCUGUCACGGCCUGGCCGAUCUGGCCCGCGUGCCCAGCCCGAAGGUGGUUCUGUGCAGCCAGCCCGAUCUGGAGUCUGGCUUCUCAAGGGAGCUCUUCAUACAGUGGUGUCAGGACGCCAAGAACUCGGUCAUCCUCACCUACAGGACCACACCGGGAACGCUGGCCCGCUACCUCAUAGACACCCCGGGGGAGAAGAGGAUCGAGCUGGAGAUAAGAAAACGUUGUCGACUGGAAGGACGAGAACUAGAGGAAUACGUGGAGAAAGAGAAAAUGAAGAAAGAGGCUGCCAAAAAACAGGAGCAGGCGAAAGAGGUGGACAUGGACUCGAGCGAUGAGAGCGAUAUGGAGGACGAUCUGGAGCAGCCGGCGGUGGUGAAGACCAAACAUCACGACCUGAUGAUGCUCAAAUGGGACGAGUAUGGAGAAAUCAUCAGGCCUGAGGAGUUUCUGGUUCCUGAGCUCCAGGCCACAGAAGAGGAGAAGAGCAAGCUGGAGUCUGGACUGACUAACGGAGAGGAGCCGAUGGAGCAGGACCUGUCCGACGUCCCCACCAAAUGCACCAGUAUCACACAAACUCUAGAGAUCAGAGCUCGAGUCACAUACAUCGAUUAUGAAGGCCGUUCUGACGGCGACUCCAUUAAGAAGAUCAUAAACCAGAUGAAACCCAGACAGCUAAUCAUCGUUCACGGGCCGCCUGAGGCCAGUCAGGACCUGGCCGAGUCCUGCAAGGCCUUCAGCGGGAAAGACAUCAAAGUUUACACGCCAAAACUGCAGGAGACGGUGGACGCCACCAGCGAGACCCACAUUUACCAGGUCAGACUGAAGGACUCGUUGGUCAGUUCGCUGCAGUUCUGUAAAGCCAAAGACACGGAGCUGGCCUGGAUCGAUGGCGUUCUGGACAUGCGGGUGGAGAAAGUGGACACAGGUGUCGUCCCAGAGAUGGGAGACGCCAAAGAGGAGACGGAGGACGGAGAGCCAGCCGUGGACGUCAUGCCGGACCUCACGACUGAGCCCAGCGCCACGGCUAACCAGCAGGCCAUGAAGACUCUGUUUGGAGAAGACGACAGGGAGAUUUCAGAGGAGAGCGACGUCAUUCCCACGCUGGAGCCGCUGCCUGCUCAUGAGGUCCCGGGUCAUCAGUCUGUGUUCAUCAACGAGCCUCGCCUGUCGGACUUUAAGCAGGUUCUGCUGCGUGAAGGGAUCCAGGCCGAGUUUGUGGGCGGAGUUCUGGUGUGUAAUAAUCUGGUGGCUGUCAGGAGGACGGAAGCGGGCCGCAUCUGUCUGGAAGGCUGCCAUUGUGAUGACUACUACAGGAUUCGUGAGCUGUUGUAUCAGCAGUAUGCUGUAGUUUAACGGAUCUCAAUCAGCUCCAGCCCCUCCUUUCAUUUCCUUUCCUUUUGUAGGUUUUGAGUUGUGUAUAUUUUAUUAUUGUUUCCCCCCUCGUUUACAUGGCAGACAUUCUCACUGAAAAUGACCCAAAGUGAGAGAGCGUCUGUCUGGACUGAAGAAGAAUCGAUGCUACAAUCUUUUUGUUCUGAACUGCUGGAUGCAAAGAAAUGUUUAAGCCUUUUUUUUAAUCCCUCAGAUAAAUUUUCAUAAUGAAG